AUGCUGAAGGCGGAUCCCCUCCCACCUAUCCUUACCAUCUCGUCCCAGAAAUCGGCCCUACCUUUCAAAGAGCAAAACCACACCCCACGUAACCACACUUCGCUACAGCCCGAGCACACAGAACCCCAGCCUACCUCACUGUAUUACGACGACCACCACGCUGUACAACGAAGGCACACCACACGGCUGAGAACAAACUUCAUUUCACUACAGCCCGACUACAAGUCGUUACAACCCGACCACACGGUGCUGCAACCUUACCAAAGCUCACUAAAAACUGACCACACCCCGAGACCUCAUGACCACACCCAUACCGACAGCACCCACUCGAACUUCGACACCGUGGAUAGCAAAAGAACAAUGAACCGACCAGUCUUUCACACCAGCAGGGGGAAUGUUCUAAUGAAGUCAAAUAUCAGACCAGAGGACGACAUCGCGGCCUUGUCGACUGAGUUGUCGACACGAAUCCCACUGGUGCAAGAGACGAGCAUCAAGGACUUCGAACGCUCGAGAACAAUAUACACAACGAACGCAACUCUUGUCGAUCGUAAGAAACGCUAUGACGUCACGGCAGAAAAAAAGGACAAUCAUAUAAAGCGACAGUCGACCAGAAGGAAGAAAGACAAUGUGACGUCAAUGCAGAGGGGAGGCACCCACUAUUUCCCCCCGGGUAAUGUUAUACCGCGGAACGAUAGCUUGAUUCCGAGCAUGUUUCCGAAAGUUCGACGUGUCGACCGAGGAGGGGCAUGUCCGACACAACUGUACAAAGAGUCAAAGUUGUCGUACACGGACAAGAUCAACGGCUCGGUCCAGCUCGAUCAUUACGUCAGGAGGAACUCAAGACCCCGGAUGGAGCCCCUCCGAGUCCCUUCAACAUCAACGGGGACAUCCGCGGGAGAAGAAAGCCUGGAGUCCGUCAUCUCGUCAAAUAAGAUGACGAUAGAGGGGCGGGUGUCUGAAAGACAAACUCGAGACUUACCGCCGGUUUGGGGUUUCUCGCACACCCCAAAAUAUGAUUAUUUCGAUGAGGGAUUAUCGGUGCCGCCCAACUCCGAGUAUGGGCCGUCUAGAUUGCAGAUGGUGACCCCAUUCGAGUAG